AUGUCUGAAGUUAUGGACAUCAUUGCUUGCGGCAGAAAAGGAGAUAUGACCCAAAGCUUAAAGCCAUAUCUGAUGAGGAGAAAUUAGCUUUCAGUCCAGUCUGGAUGCUUAUUGUGGGGCUAUCGUGUCAUUAUUCCUCCACCAUUAAGAGAAAAAGUGCUUGAUGAGCUUCACUCUGGGCACUGUGGUGUAGUGCGAAUGAAAGAAAUGGCACGUAGCUAUUUCUGGUGGUCAAGCCUGGAUGCAGCUAUAGAAGAAAAAGCCAAGUCAUGCUCUGCCUGCCAGAAACUGAGAAACCUCCCACAGCUGGCUCCCUUGCAUCCGUGGGACUGGCCUGAGGAACCAUGGCAAAGAAUCCAUGUUGAUUUUGCUGGACCACUGGAGAACCACAUGUUCUUAGUUGUAAUUGACGCUCAUAGCAAAUGGCCUGAGGUCGCCGUCAUGAAGAGCACCUCGUCAGAGAGAACCAUUGAAGAGUUGAGAUCCAUUUUCAGUCGUAAUGGUCUGCCACAGCAGUUGGUUAGCGACAAUGGUCCACAACUGGUGUCAGAAGAAUUUAAGGCGUUCAUGGAGGAGAAUGGUAUUCAGCACAUCAAGUCUGCGCCCUAUCAUGCGGCUACAAAUGGGCUUGCGGAAAGAUUUGUACAGGCUCUGAAGAAAGCUCUCAAGUCCUCCCCAAGCACACAAACCCUUAACAGGCGCCUCAAUGCUUUCUUGUUGGCAUAUCGAAACACCCCUCAUGCUACCACUAAGGUGUCCCCUCCCUCAGCGAUGUUCAAGAGACAACUCCGCACUCGACUAGAUCUCCUGAAACCUCUAAAGACAAGAGAGGUUGUGCAUCAGCAACAGAAGGCUCAAGUGGAAAGACGGGCAAAUGCAAAAUUGCGGAGUUUCAUGGUAGGAGACCGGGUUCUUGCUAGGAACUACACCAACGACAUAAAGUGGGUGCCUGCGACCAUUGUUUCCAAAACAGGUCCUGUCUCAUAUACUGUAGAAACCAGUGACCAUCGCAUCUGGAGAAGACACCUCGACCAACUGCUGCACACUUCGGGGUCUCAUGAUGACUCACGCCAACCGACAUCUUUUGUUCCGGAGCUGUGUCCUUCCCUGGAGCAGCCUCAAACCCCAGACACGGCUGCUGUUCGAAGUGCACCUGGAUCUGCUCCUGGCACACCGGAACCUGCACGAGUACCUGCCUCAGGUUUCACUUCACCCAGACCAGAACCCACACCAUCUACAGUGACCGAAGUGCCUAGAGGUCGUGCUUACCCUCAACGAGAAAGACGACCCCCAGAUAGACUGUCAUUGUAGUCUAGGCGCUGACCCGUGUCAUUGGGGCAGAAUAAUACCCAGGGUUCAGUUUGGGAUUGAGGUAGUCCACCCUCAUUCUCUAGU